CAUUUAAAAUACUCCCAGGAGCAUGACGCUGGCGACUGCCCUGCUGAGACCCUCGAUUAGCUGGCGGAGUAGGGGUGCAGUGUGGUUGAUGCUGCAGAGUCACGCGCGAGGGUAUGCCACGCCGGCUCCGAAGCAAUCAGAAUCCUCCUUGUCCACAGCUAAACCUCGUGCGGAGAUUUCUGCGGAUGUUAAGCCCAUCGGGGAGAGGAUAAAGGAGAACACGAAGACUGCCAGCUACACGGGGGUCAUUGUGUUGGGUAUUGGUGUCACCGGGUUCCUCUUCUACACGGUCUUCCGUGAGUUGUUUUCCUCCUCGAGUGCCAAUAGUGUCUAUUCGGCUGCCCUGGAGAAGUGCAUCAAUGACCCACGAGUUCAGGACGCCCUGGGGGCUCCCAUUAAGGGUUACGGCGAAGAGACGAGCCGCAGGAGGCGCAGACAUGUGGCACAUUCCGUAUACCAGAAGGACGGCGUCAAUCACAUGCGAAUGCAAUUCUACAUCCAAGGCAUCCGGAACAAGGCCACAGUUCACUUGGAAAUGAAGGAAAACUCUGCUGGAAGCUAUGACUAUAGGUAUAUUUUUGUCCAGCUUGAUCACUACCCAAAGACAACCAUUAUUCUCGAGGACAAUCGUGGGCAGGAUCCCCAGAAAAAUGCUCCACUGCCAAGUUUGUACUGA